UUCUAUAAAAACACGGAAGUAGUCUCUUUUUAACACGCCCAUGUGAAGUUUUUUUUUUGCGAGUGCAGCUGUCACUGAGGGAAAUAAUGAUUUGUGCAUACGCAAUUUUAACAAAUCUACGUGUGUCUUUUUAAAGCUUCAAGUGAGCCAUGGAAAACAAAACGACUUAUUCGCACUCCGACCCGAUGCUGAAGAAGAGGGAUGAGUUUGAGGACAUACUGGAGGAGAGGAGGAAGUCCAGCGACCUUCGAUAUGCACUCAGAUGUUACACUCCUGCCGUCUACAAAAACCUCACCCCAUGUGAUGCAAACUCACUGAAAGCCAUGGUACUUCAGUCAGAUCAACUUCAUUAUGUUAUCAACCAGGUUUCUAAAGAGAGUGGUAGAACUAGAGAUGAUCUUCAAGAGGAAGCGUCAAGCAUCAUGGAUGAGAUGGCCCAUCGCUUACAGCUCAGUACUGUCCGAUUCUUUGCAUUUGCCCUGAGUAAAGUCUUCAAAACCCUUUUCAAGAGCAUCUGUGUGAACGAGGACGGCAUCCAGAGACUGCAACAGGCCAUUCAGGAGCUUCCCGUUGUUCUCCUGCCCAGUCACAGAAGUUACAUGGACUUUCUACUCAUGUCCUACAUCCUGUACACCUAUGAUAUCGCUCUACCUGUCAUUGCUGCAGGCAUGGAUUUCAUGGGGAUGAAGGUGGUUGGUGAGAUGUUGCGGAUGUCUGGAGCUUUCUUCAUCAGAAGGUCCUUUGGUGGUGAUAAACUUUACUGGGCUGUGUUCUCUGAGUAUGUCAAGACCAUACUCAAGAAUGGCCUUGCACCAGUAGAAUUUUUCUUAGAAGGCACCAGAAGUCGAACAAGUAAAUCCUUGACCCCUAAAUUAGGUUUAUUAAAUAUUGCCAUGGAUCCCUUCCUAAAAGGUGGUUUUGAUAUAAGUUUAGUUCCUGUAAGCAUCAGUUAUGAGCGAAUACUUGAGGAAUCACUUUAUGCAAGAGAGAUGCUUGGUGUUCCCAAACCCAAAGAAUCCACCUCGGUUUGUUUCAAAGCUAGAAAAGUCUUGAGUGAAGACUAUGGCAGCAUCCAUGUUUACUUUGGCCAGCCUGUGUCAGUCAGACGUUUAGCAGAGGGUCGAGUGAACCGCUGCCAGUUCAGCCUCACACCAAGGUACAUCCCAAAGCGCCCCAGUGAGGAUGUGCAGACCUUUGUGAAUGACACAGCGUACAGACUGGUGCGGGCUCAGGAGGAGAACAUGGUCCUAAAGCCCUGGGUGCUGUUGGCCACCAUCCUGCUCCAGGCUGAGGACCUAGAGAGGGGCAUCCCCCUGGAGGAGCUCACUGAACAGGCCCUGUGGCUCAAAGACCUGUGUCGACAGUAUGGGGGCUUCCUGCACUGGCCUGACCACAUGACUCCAUCGGAGGUGGUUUCCUCCAGUCUCUCUUUACAUCACGGCCUGGUGAGGCUCUCAGAAGGAAAAGUUUAUGUGGCACUCAAUCAAGAUGCCCAGUCAGGUCCCGUCUCCCCUGAGGAGCAGGUGUUGAACCGAGCGGUGCCAGUGCUUUCUUGUGUGUCCUACAGGAACCAAGCCCUCCAUUUGUUUGUGCGCCCUGCUCUGCUGGCCACUGCUAUUCACACGUGUACCACCAACAACAAACAGGAUAUUUUCAACACUUUCUGCUUCUUGAGAAACAUGUUUUGUAAUGAGUUCAUCCUAUGUCCAAAUGCCACUGUGCAGGACUUUGAAGAGGCCUGUUUCCUGCUGGUGAAGACUGGGGUGCUCCAAGUGAGCCAACAGGAGAUGGUGGUGACUCACAUAGGGCACAGAACAAUCAGUUUUCUCAGCCGUCUGCUGCUUCCCUUUGUACAGGGAUAUCAGGUGGUGUGUGCCUUUUUGUGUGAAGAAGCCACUGAUGCACUUACAGAGAAGGAAUUUGUUCUAACAGUUCGAAAGUUCAUAGUCAAACAGCUAUUGGCAGGCACAUUGAGAUAUCCUGAAGUACUGUCCUCUGACCUCCAGAAGAACGCUUUUGCAGCUUUGCUCAGACUUGGAGCUGUACGGAAAGUAAAAAGAGUGGACCAGACAAGUCUAAACAUCAAUAAGGUGACGGUCAAUUCCUUAGAGGACACUUUGGGAGGAAGACUACCCACUCCGAAGGCGUCAGUGGCCCGCCUCUGAUGCCCACAUCUCAUUAUUCUGCCAGAUCAGAGGGUAAAGCUGAUCUGGGACAAGCCUACGUCUAACCUGAACAACCUGAGCGAACACAAAGCUGGCCUUUUCUUCUGUAAUUUCUCUAUCCACGCGUUUCUAAAAAAGCUUUCAAAGACUGCUCUAUUAAACCCUUUCUGUGUGGGUAUAAAGCCUAACGAGUUGGAGCCUUUUUACAUAAUUCAUGGCUCAUUCAAAGUAUCUGACCUUUGCUACGAGUGGCAGCCGAAUCCUCUUUUCCAUUUUGCUUUAACACGUGUGAUAUUUAUCUAAUAGCACUGUGCCUGUCCUCUAAUGAUCCUCUUCUUUUGUGUGGCUGGUAUCCUUUUGGGGCACUUUAACAAUUACUUUUCAAUGUAGUGUGGUAUAACUCAUAAUUUCAACUCUGCUAUUAUUUCUUAUAUUUGUGCAAAAGCAUAGAGAGAACCAUCUGUGGGGUAAGCCAAUUUGAGCCAGCAUAUUCAGAUUUUGCCAAACAGAACAACAGACAAAAUUCAAAGUUUUAGAGUUUAUUUUCUAAUUUGUGAAGUGUCUGUUGAAUUGCCAAUUCUCUUAAGAGACAAGGAAUAAGACCCAUGUUUCCCCAAGUUGUGUGUCAAAGUUGCCAAACUUUAAAUGAAUGCCAUAAAUGAAGCUCUACCAAAGGAAUACAUCUAUGUUCUAAACUGAUCCUGCAUUCUUGUGUUACUGAACUGAAUUUAUUACAAAUCGGAUCUUGUUACAGGGGAUAAAGAUAUGUUAAAUUAUGUGCAGUAGACCAGAGCAAAAUUAGCUUAUGUAGCCAUAUCUGUUACCAUAAAAUUAAAUGUAUUUUAUUAUUGUUUCCUUUUUUCUUGCACUGUCAUGUAAUAUUAAGCCCUGAAUAUGUGUCAAAGAGUGCUUCUAUGUGGCUUUUAUACAUUUAUAUAAUUGUAUGGGUCUUUACUAGUACUGAAUGUAACGUGUGGCAUCAUUUUGUUAAAACAAUACUGAUAAUGAUAUUAAAAUUAAGCUUAAGAUACA